UCAUCCAUAGGUUCUAAUGCUCAGAAUGAUUUUCUCAGCGGCUUAAGGAAUCCCAUGAAUUUUGUAAGGGAUAUUAUUGAGGUAGAGGAUAGGAACACCACAGGGCAUCCUGGUUAUACCACUGGGAAAAGUGCUGAUUUUGUCCACAUAAAGCUGAUGCGUAACAAUAGUUUUGUUACUGUGACGGAUUCAAAGGGGAACAAAAAGUUUGGGGCUUCAUUGGGAUCAGUGCCGGGAUUGAAAGGAUCAAAAACGACUCGAUAUUCUGGUGAAGCUGUUGCAGAACAUGUUGGAAGAAUGUCUAGAAAUCUGGGGUUAAAAUCAGUAGUGGUGAAGGUUAAAGGGUUUACCUUCUUUAAAAAGAAGAAGCAGGCAAUCUUGAGCUGGAGAGAGGGCUAUACCAAUUCUCGGACGGAUCAGAAUCCAAUUGUAUACAUUGAAGACACAACCCGAAAACCCCAUAAUGGCUGCAGACUCCCGAAAAGAUGCUCUUCUUAGUAGAGCUGGAUGGUAACUCACAUGUGUUCCUGUAGAGUACAAGCUUUGUGGUGAAAUAAAUUUGUGCUAAAGGGCUACUUUGAUUGAUUUACAUUGUAAGGUUACAUUUAGUGCUAGUCAUUUUGACGGAUACCUCAGAGGCUGUUUGGACUCGCUUGAUUUUUAAUUAAUUCAUGCAGUGGAUGGGAAAAUGUUUUAUUUCAA